AUGAACACCAACAACUCAAAACAAACCAAGCCAGCGGCCGCACAAAAGACUGCCUCUCCCGAAUUCGAGGCCUUUUACCUGCAGCAAGCCACCAAGGAAUUUGCCGAGGACCUGGACAAGAUCAGGGCCGCCGACGACUUCAAGAACGACGCCGUGCCCAUGCUGGUACACGCCCUCAAGCAGGGCGCUACCAUGUUCUCCCCGGCCGAGCAGGCCCGUAUCGUCGAUGGGAUGAGCGGUCGAUGA